AUUUACCUCUUAUGAUUUCAGUGUGUUCUUCUGCACUGCAAACAUGAGAUCGCUUUUCUACCUACUUGUGCUAUUAACAAUUCAGGAAUCCUUUGGCCAAUCAAUAACACCAUUGGAGACCACAAAACAUGCCACUGAGAGAGAGUCAGUCAUUCUCUCAUGCAAAUAUGAUAGCCAAGCACGCUCUUUACAUUGGUAUCGACAAUAUCCUGGAUCCAGACCUCAAUUUCUGAUUCUUGUUUAUGAAUCUGGCAGUGUAACACAUGCAGAACCCCCUUUCCCAAGACUGGGUGCUAGUGUGAAUAAGGUGGAAAAGCAGGUAUAUCUGAACAUCUCUUCUGCUGCAGUCACAGAUUCAGCGCUGUACUACUGUGCCCUGGAGCCCACAGUGACAGGAAGAGCAGCCACACUGUACAAAAACCUCUGUGAGGAGGGGUUAUACAAAAAUCUCAAUUCUGUCUGCAGUUUUCAUUUGUGGUUCAAGAUGAUGCUCCUGUGCUGUCUGCUUGUGUUUUCAGUAACUCAAUAUACAUUUGCACAGUCAAUAAGACCAUUGCAGAACAAUGUGCAUGUAACUGAGGGGAAGCCAGUCAAUCUCUCAUGUAAAUAUGAUGGCAGUGCAUACAGUCUACAUUGGUAUCGACAGUAUCCUGGAUCCAGACCUGAAUUUGUGCUCCUCGUCAUGGAGUCAGCCAAGAAACAAGUGAUCUAUGCAGAACCCCGUAUCCCUGGAAUGGAUGGACAAAUGAGUAUGAGUGAUAAACGUGUGGAUCUGGAGAUCUCCUCUGUUACAGUGUCAGACUCUGCUCUGUAUUACUGCGCCCUGCAGCCCACAGUGACAGGAAACACAUCAUCACUGUACAAAAACUUAAAGAAAGAGAAAGAACAUAUCUGUCUUUUGUCAUAGACUCAUGUUUGUUUGCAGAAUGAGCAGAUUACAUUGAUUUAGCAGAUUGGAAUUUUCAAAAUGCUUGAGUACUUUCCAUAGAUAAGAAUGAAAAAUAAUGUUAUAAAUAAUGUAAA